GGCGUUUUUUUUUCCUGGAGAAGGUUGGCCCUGCUGCUGUUGGGGUGACGGCGCUGUCUCGCUGUUUGUCGGGCGAAGGGGAACUUAACGGCGGCUACGGGUGUGGCUUCAAACGUGAUAAAUCUCAACGCGGGGGAAAGAAUGCGUAGCGGCAAUAGGGAUUUAAACAAAAAAAAGAUAUAAAGCAGCAAAGAUAAAUAUCCUCUGAAAAGUGGUUAGUGUGUGUCCGGUAGCCUAACUGACAGCAGGAAUCCGUGUGCUCGGUUUUCAACAGCUGGAAUACUUUUUUUUUGGUGCUGAAUUUCGUGGGCCGUUUUCGUGUGUUUAACCUGCUCCGAUGGUCUGCUGUGGGAACUACCGAAUUAGCUAAAAGUCAACCGUCCCCAAAAAGUUGCUCAAGCCUUUUUUGUUCGGUCUGGAAAACUUCUCCACUCUCAUAAGAAACCACCAAUGCUGACCAACUGACUGAACAACCGACGAGUCUCGGGGCAUUAGUUAGACGUCAGAAACCCAAGUUCACAUCGCAGAAAAAAAUCGUUUGUUUUUAUGAUUUGCGCUCCCUCUCGCGACUGAACGGACUCCGUCACGUUUGUCGCCAGUCAUCAAAAAGGGAAGUCGCCUUACUCAACUUCAGCCCUUGUUUUUAAAAUAAGGGUUUUCGGCCGUAUUUUUUUUUUCUUAGGUGAUAUUUUCCCACUAAGCAGCAGUCCUGAAGCGUGCACUAGGAACCAUGGGUUGUACAGUUAGUCAGGAAGAUAAAGCGGCGGCCGAGAGGUCUAAAAUGAUUGAUAAAAACCUGAGAGAAGAUGGAGAGAAAGCCGCGAGGGAAGUGAAACUGCUUCUGCUGGGUGCUGGAGAGUCGGGGAAGAGCACCAUUGUGAAGCAGAUGAAGAUUAUCCAUGAGGAUGGAUACUCAGAAGAUGAGUGCAAGCAGUACAGAGCAGUUGUCUACAGCAACACAAUCCAGUCCAUUAUGGCCAUCAUCAAAGCCAUGGCCAACCUUAAGAUCGACUAUGAGGAACCUACUAGAGCGGAUGAUGCCCGCCAACUGUUUGCCCUGUCAGGAGCAGCAGAGGAGCAGGGCAUCCUGCCAGAAGACCUGUCCAACGUCAUCCAGCGACUGUGGGCUGACGGAGGCGUCCAGAGCUGCUUCACACGGGCCCGAGAGUACCAGCUCAAUGACUCUGCGGCCUAUUACCUAAAUGACCUGGAGAGGAUAGCCAAGCCAGAUUACAUCCCCACACAGCAAGAUGUGCUGCGGACCCGAGUGAAGACCACCGGCAUUGUGGAAACACAUUUCACCUUCAAGGACCUGCACUUCAAGAUGUUUGAUGUUGGAGGCCAGCGGUCAGAAAGGAAGAAGUGGAUCCACUGCUUCGAGGGCGUCACAGCUAUCAUCUUCUGUGUAGCCAUGAGCGCUUACGACCUGGUCCUGGCUGAGGAUGAGGAGAUGAAUCGGAUGCAUGAGAGCAUGAAGCUGUUUGACUCCAUCUGCAACAACAAGUGGUUCACAGAGACGUCCAUCAUCCUGUUCCUCAACAAGAAGGACCUGUUCGAGGAGAAGAUCGCACACAGCCCUCUGACCAUCUGCUUCCCUGAGUACACUGGCCCUAACAAGUACGAGGAGGCCCAGGCUUACAUCCAGACCAAAUUUGAGGACCUGAACAAGAAGAAGAACACCAAGGAAAUCUACACCCACUUCACCUGCGCCACCGACACCAAGAACGUGCAGUUUGUGUUCGAUGCCGUCACUGACGUCAUCAUCAAGAACAACCUGAAGGACUGUGGCCUCUUCUAAAAAAAAAAAAAACAUGUCUGAGAGUCAAGGUGAGAUUACUUGAACAGUUCCGGUGACCAUAAAGAUAGGGGAAUAUACACACAUCAUGACUGCACUGGCCAACCACAAUUUCUGCUUUGAUCUGCUUUUUAUAAAGACACCUAAGAGACUGAAAACCUGACGAGCCUUGUGGAAUUUCAACGAUUGCUGAUCCAGUCACUCGUAUUGUUAACUCUUUGGGUUAUGACCACAAAAAUCAACAUUUAUUAUUGUAUUUUUGUUCUUCUUUUUUUUUCAAUUACUAGAGGAGGCAAAGGAAAAUGUUUUUAUAUAAAUGCAUUCAUUUUACUUUUAGAAAUUCUGAUGUGCAAAUUAUUCAACUUUUAAUCACAUGAAGCUUAUUUUUUAAGAGAUGAAGCACAGGCAUGGACUUAAAAUAUGAUUGAUAAAGGAAAGUGCUUUUGUUUUGUUUUAUAAUGUUUACAUAAGUUUAUCAUUCUUAGCCAAACCGUAUAUAUUGUUCUGCAUGGCUCAACAUGGCAAAUAUUAGCUCUGUAAUCUGCACAAAUGAUCUUAACAUUCCUACAAAAUGAAAAUAAAAAAUAUUAAAAUGUUGAAAAGAAGAAAAAAAAAAGCUUCACAUGAAAGCUUCACAUGCAGGGGGAAAUGGUGGUAAAAAUCUAACUGAUAUUUAAAGUGUGUGUACCUAACAUUCUCUCAACUUUUAUAGUAACAUUUCCAUGUCUGUUGCAGUAUGUUUGUGCCUUGACUUCUGUUUACAACCAAUUCCUAGAUAUGCUUUCAGUACUGUUUGACCUACUGUGCGCCUAUAUUUUUCUUCCAUUUUCUGCCUAGCACCUACGAAUACAUAGUGAUUAUUAAUGAGAGACGAAAAUCUAAUUCAGAAAAAGCUUAGUGUUUUUGGUAAAUAUUAAAAUGCUUUAAAAGUCCUAUAUGAUUUAAUUUAAAUAAAGUAGAGAUCACCUGACUCUUGCACAUUG